CGCUGUACUCUGACUGGUCUGGCAGCUGUCCAAUCAGCAGCAGCUGGAUGGCCACUCAGCCGUCAGUCAGAGAAUCUCUCAGCCAAUCAGCGGACGGAGCGGCAAAUUCUAACCGUCCCAGAGGAGAGAGCUGGAAAUGACGCAUUCACGGGAGAUGACAGGGAACGGCAUAGAGCUGACAUUACCUGAACAUCUACAGCCGAUGUAUCACAGAAGGGCUAUGGAUGCUGAUGCAUUGGAUUUAGCUCUAGAGCCAGGCAGCAAACAUGCUUCAGGCACAGAAGCGAUAAACGCAAAAUGUGACAUACAGGAUCCUCAUUUUUACAAUAUACGAGCUACAAACAUCUGUUCUUUGUCUCAGGACAGUCCCUAUUACAACGCUUCUAUGGCACAAUUGUUUGACUGGGGUGAGCAAGCAUCAAAUGACCCAGAUAGUGAUCAGAGUCCUGCGAAAAGUAAUAACUUUGAGAUGAUAAGUGAGGUUAAGGCCGAGGAUUCCAACAUUGUGUUCAUAUCUUCAAACAUUUCCAAUUCUGGAAUAGGAAAAGCAAGUAAGGUUAAAGCAGACAACAAUUCCGUGGAUUCUGACAUUGUAUUCAUAUCUUCAAACAGUUCUGAUUCUGGAAUAAGAAAAGCAAGUAAGGUUAAAACAGGGGGCAAUUCCGUGGAUUCUGACAUUGUGUUCAUAUCUUUAAACAAUUCUGAUUCUGGAAUAAGAAAAGCAAGUAAGGUUAAAGCAGGCGACGAUUCCGUGGAUUCUGACAUUGUGUUCAUAUCUUCACACAAUUCUGAUUCUGGAAUAAGAAAAGCAAGUAAGGUUAAAGCAGGCGACGAUUCCGUGGAUUCUGACAUUGUGUUCAAAUCUUCAAACAAUUCUGAUUCUGAAAUAAGAAAAUCAGCCUUGCACCCCCUUGACAAUGCAGCAAAGUCACAGUUAUCUUCCUUACAGACAGACAGAGGCCAAAGAAACAAAGAUACUUUGUCUACAGAUGACCCAGAAAACCUUGUGUGUGACACAGAAGUACUGGAGUGUCUUCACGGAACCACCCAUUCGAAAAAGAAACCUCAAGUAGUUAGUUCUCCCUUACAGAAAGGUCCAGUGGUAAUGAAUCCGUUCAAUGCCCCUAUUCUUAUAAAUGGUGCAUUGCAACAAGUAAGAGAUGAGAACAAAAGUGAUGAAGACAGAUCAAAUGUCCAAACUGUGAAGAAUGGUGAAGAAUCCAGUAAUGUUUUCUGUUGUAUAUUUGGUUGGUUAGCACAAACUUGUGGUAAUACAUUGCAGUGUUUGUGUGAAAGUAGGCAUAAGAACCAUACCAUUAAUUCUAGUCCAAAUAAUGACUGGAAUCUGGAAAGUAAGGAUUGCUCAUCAGUGAAGCUUCCUACUCAACGUGAAGUCUCCACAGAACAUGGUACCGCUGGUAUGCAAUAUCAUUGCAAAAUGACAUCAGCAGGUCCUUGGUCAAAGUAUGCCCAGCCUGAAGGCCAUGGUCUUCUUGGUUCUUCCUCUGAAUAUAAAAGUGAAAUAGGCACUAUUUCUAAGGAAGGCACUCUUACAAAGAAAAAGAAGAAAAAACUGGCUGCUAAAAACAGGUUCAUAUGUGUGUCUACAAACAAGAAAUCGCGCAAGAAAAACUGUUCCAAAGCUAAUACUCAUUCAGGAGAAAUUACCUUAAAACCACCACAAGUUUAAAGU